AUGGGACAAACAUUAGCCAGAUCAGCACAGUGGGCAACUCCCAAAGAGGGUGGAAAAGGGAAACUAGAAUACUCGAGCUUGAACGAAAGCCUUCUCAAUACAAUUCUCAAAUUUGUGGAGACUCCCAGUAAUAAAACCAGUGAUGAAAGAAAACUCAUCUUCAAGAAGCCCCUGGUCUGGACAACACAGCUGAAACCUUCUGCUCUUGAAGGACCAGGUUAUGUUUUCAAUGAAAAACAUGGAACUCUUACAUCUGAAGCAACUGUAGCUAAAGGUGAAAUGCCACUGCUAGAACUGAACAACGACAAACUCACUAUCAUGUCCCUUGAACAAGCAGAGUAUGUGUUACGGGUGGCUGGAGAUAAAAAGAUGGCUGAACUGAGGGCCUGCUUGGAAGAAAAUGAAGAUGUGAUGGCCAAGAUGCUUGGAGACAGAUUUGCAACUGUGGAAGGGACAGAUAACUCCAUCUUCCGUUUUCACGAGGAGAUAACCAAGGAAGUUGAAGCUCUAGCAAAACAGACAGAAAAAAGUGAUGAAAAGUCGAAAGAUGUGGAUGAAAAGAAGACAGUACUUCGCCUUAGACUAAAGUUGCUUCAGUUGGAUGAACAAAUGAUGAACACUAGCAUACUGACCAUAACCAGGGACCUUCGUCUCAAUCCAAAGAUAGUGGACAGUGAGGUGGCAAUACUGCAGGGGAUUGCUGGCACAGAUAAAAAGAGUCCUUUAGAGUAUGGAGUACAGGAAGGCAAACCAGAUGACCUUGACUAUGAGCCUGCGGAUAACAUCUCAUACCAGAAUCUGGUUGCUUUGCUCAAGGACAGGUCUCCACAUUUUGCAGAAAAUAUCAUGAAACAGGAGUUCAAAGUAAAACAUCGCAAAGAGAAAGAUUCCGGUUUUCUGGAGGCUAAAAGCAGCAAAGAUAGUGAUAAAGAGGGAAGUAUAGACAGAUCCAGCAGAUCUGACUACUUUUCCAAGCAGCAGACAGACCAGCAUCCAAAGACAGACAAAAAGCAGAAAGUACAGACAAAGACAAAGCUGGAGCCAUCUUUAAAGUGGAAAAGUCUGGCCAUUGAGGAAAAGGAUCAUGAAAAGCUGCAGCUGCAUCAGAACAAGUUGUCACAGGUCUCUGUAUUGUCUGAGGGCAAUCAGAAAAAAAUUAGGAUCUCAGCGGCAGAUGCUGACGAGCCUUUUAGUGAGAGCUCUUCUGAAAGUGACGAUGAGGAGGAGGCUGUCGACAGGAGACCCGAAGGGAAUGCUGAUCUUCCCACUGAAUACUGGCAGAUACAGAAGCUUGUCAAGUAUCUAAAGGGUGGUAACCAAACAGCAACCAUCAUUGCUCUGUGCUCUCUGCGAGACUUUAACCUGUUACAGGAGACAUGCCAGCUGGCAAUACGAGAUGUUGGUGGUCUGGAGGUUCUCAUCAACCUGCUGGACACCGAGGAGGUCAAAUGCAAG